UUCCUUUGUUUAAUCGUAAUUCAAAAUUCAAAAUUUGUUUUUUUUUUCAAAAAGAGAAAAUUCAUCUUUCAUCUUAUGAAAUGUGUGCGGGAAUCAUAAAUUCCAAAUUACAAAAUUUUGGAACCAGCAAGUGUCAAGGAGCGAGAUUGAAAUUUUAUAAACCCUAUGGAUACGUGCAGCCUCCUCCUGCCGCCACCCACCAGGCGCCAUUGAUGAUCUUCCCUCCAUUUUUAUCCACAAUUUAAAUCUGAGUCUCUCUCUUAUACUCUGUCACUGGCUCAUCGCAUUUAAUUCCUAUGAAGCUCUGAUGGAGAAGAAAGACGAUCGCUUCUUUAAAACCCUCAUUCUCUCCCCUUUCCGUUACACCAAGACCCGCCACAUCCGCAUCGCCGAUAUUCUCGUUGAUGAAGAAGAGGGAUCCGAAACCGACGGCUACGAUAGCGUCGGAGACUGCAAUAUGGAUGGCAUCGGAGACCUCCCGACGGACGACAGAUUGAUGGCUUUACAGUGUUCCACCCCGCGCCGUAUUAUUUCCCGAUGGCUGUCGUCUCUGAGACGAUCCAACAGAAGGCGAACCGACGUCGUACGGAGCCAGAAGAUAUUCAAAGAGGUCGCGAAAAGGGAAACCGGUGACGAGUCAACGCACACCGCCUGUUCGACGCAUGGAUUGAAGCAGUCAGGACAGUUUGUAAAAGAUAAAUGCUCAUUCAAUUUGGGCGUUGCGUGCGGUUUGAUAUAUCUGAUUGUCGCCAGUAAAAAUGAGCUUACAAAGAUGGUGGAGCUGCGGACACAGAUGGAGCUGCUUCUUCAAAACGCAAAAGAGGGAUUGCAAAGAAAGAACGCGCCUUUUGACGCCAAACCGUUGGAGUUGAAUGAGAUGAAUAUUGCUUCUUCCACCACUGAUUUCCAUCAAGCUUCGAGCUCGAGCUCCGGUAGCCAGUUUUCGCUUCAAUCUGGUGUUGUCCGUGAUGUGUGCUCGGAAUAUAUUAGAAAUGAAGAAGGAGAAGGAGAGAGAGAUGAAUGCGUGGCAGGAAUGGAUCAACUUGAGGCGGAGCUUGAAGCCGAGUUAGAACGGUUGCAGCUCCAAUUGGAUUCGGAAAAUGAUUCAUCCAAUUUUGAAUACCCUCAGCAGAGGCUAAAGGCUUCUAGAGACUCUGCUCUUGUAAUUGACUGUGAUGAAGCAGAACCGCCGGAUUAUGCUGAAAUGCCCUGUGACUAUGGAGUUCCGGCACCUGAACUUGAGAGGAGGUUGCAUCAAGUGUUGGAAGCGAGACAGGAAGAACGGAUAAAAGAACUUGAAGUUGCUUUAGAGUACACGAAGCGCAAGCUUCACGAGAAAGAAAUAGAGGUUUCAUGGUGGAAAGAAACUGCAACUGCAGCACUUGUAUCACACCAUGUUCCAGACCCUUCAGCGUCGAUUGCUUCCCAGCACGAUCCCGAAAGUACUUUCCACUCGUUUAGAAGAAAAGCCAAGAAAGUUAAAACCACUUGGAAUCCCAGGCGGAUGCUGGAGCCUCCGAGACGUACCCCCCAGCAAGCUGGUACCAUUCGCAAGAAUUGUCAUCAAGGGCCGUCCAUGCAAGAUGGGUUUGCAGAGGGUAAGGACCUCGUUGUGACAGUUAUGGCAUCCAUGGGAGAAGACCAGAUUUGUGCUCUCAAGGACAUUCGGGUUCAUGCCUCCUCUCUACUUGCUCUACCUUAGUAACAUCUGCCCUCCAUUUUAGCAGUAGCUGCAGCCUGCAAGUCAUGUAAUUGGAAGUCGAUGGACAUCAUGAGCCCGCAUGAUGUUGGGCUUUUGACACAAUUAGAGUAUGCCUAAUGUUCUGUUUGUUUAUUUAUAACUAACUGAUUUUUUUUUUUUUUUUUGGGUUUUGGGGUUGAUGAUAGUGGCAGUGGGAAUCUGGGACUUCGGUGGGCAUGCGUGCUAAUUUUGUAUUGAGAGGCGAGCUAAAUAUACUUUCCCGUUA